UCGUGUCCACAGAUCCACCGCCUCCAGACACUGCUGGCGAGCUCGGAACCGUCGGGACGGAAGCCCGCGGGGGAGCGGAAGGCCGGCCUGCGGCGGCAGCGGAAGCUGAGCGGUGCCCUGCUGAGCCUGUCGCGCAGCGUGCAGGAGCUCACCGAGGAGAACCAGAGCCUCAAGGAGGACCUGGACCGCGUGCUCAGCAGCUCGCCCACCGUCGCCCGGACCAAGGGGUGCGUGGAGUGGAGCAAGCCCCGGCUGCUGCGGCGGAUUGCGGAGCUGGAGAAGAAGAUCAGGUCGCUGGAGAGCCCCCCGCCGCAGGCCUCGGACGGGGGCCGGUCCGACGCCCUGGUGCUCUGCGCGUCCAGCACGUGGGGGCACCGGCAGGAGGACGGCGAGCGCCAGGACGACGGCGAGCGGCUCCGGGGCGCCCUGCGGAGCCUGAAGGGCGAGCGGAAGGCCCUGCGGGCCCAGCUGCAGGAGAGAGAUCUGGAGGUGAGGCAGCUGCUGCAGGCCAAGGCCGAUGUGGAGAAGGAGCUGGAGGAGGUGCGGCGAGGAGAGGAGGCCAGGCGAGCGCGGGAGGCGGCCCUGAGAGAGGAGAUCCAAGCACUGACCCGGAAGUGUCAGGACCUGCAGGCAGCGAAGGAGGCAGAGGAAGACGACCCCACGGAGGGGACCCCUGAGGCCCCGGAGGAGCCCCGGCCUGGGCCUGCCGGCAGUCCCUCUCCGCAGGACUCGGAGCCCGGCGCCAGCGAGGACAGCCCGUCCCAGCCCUGCGCCUGCUCCGAGCAGCGGAGACACGCAGCCGCCAGCACCCUGCAGGCCCGGUGGAAGGUGUACAGGCGCCAGAAGAGGGAGGCCGCGCUGGGCCAGGCGGCCACGGUGCUCCAGGCGGCCUUCCGCGGACACCUGGCUCGGGCGAGGCUAUUGGCGAGCCCAGCGUGUGGUCCCGGACCUCCCAGUGUGCCCGGCCUCCCCAGCCAGAGCCCUCCCUCACCCCGCCCUCCGAGCCCCGUUGUCCAGGCCGAGGGCGACCCCAGGCAGGAGGCGGCCGUCACCCUCAUCCAGUCGGUGUUCCGGGCACACCUGGCACGGGUCGGGCACAGGACCGGGGCGCUUCCUGCAGCCUCUACCAGGACACCUGUUCGGGCCACACUCAGCCUGCCCUCCCCGCCAGCGCCCCCUGUGGCGCCUGCUGGUCAGGAAGACGGUGAAGUGAGCGGCGGGGACGCCAUGGAGGGCCCAGCCCCGCAGCCCUGCCCUGCCGAGCCCCCUCCCUCGUCUGCGCCCUGGGAAGACGUCUCCUCGGACGACUCGGACGAAGUCAUCAUGGCUCCAGCUCUGCCCGCGAAGAGAAGCCCCUCCCUGCCCCCCUCCCUGCCCCCCGCCCUGCCCCCCGCCCUGGGUCCCUGCGGGCGCACCGCGCACAGGGACGCUCUGUCCGCGGAAAGCUAAGUUUAGCAGAA